CAUGACAUAGGACUGCGAUGGCUUUGUCUCCGCAAGUUCUCCUUCCAUCGCGCUUGCCUACCUGGAGCUGUCCCAUUCACCGAUUCACAUCACAUUUUGUCACUGAGCAGCUCCAACCACCAAUUGGCCUGGCUUCGGGAUGGUCUACUCGUCGUCUGCUUACCCUCUGAAAUGCAUGUUUACAGCCAAUGGCCUCAUGAAAAUGCCAUAUGCUGCGAUACAGUACCGUCUAUUUUGCCCGGAUCUGCCGUCCCUCGGACUAUGAAAUCUGCAGGCUGCAGCGAGUACACAUCAUCUGAUGCUAACCCUCGUACUUACCAGCACUUUCAGUGCAGCCAACAGCUCCAGUUGCCAAGCGUUCAUUCCAAAAGCCAACACUUUACUCCUCAUUCUAACCUAGUGGCCUGCGAAGUCCCUGGCGCCAACUUAACUGUGGCUCGAUUGACUAAGACCUACUCAGCUUAUCGGCUUACAUCCUCCUCAUCCACGGCAAAUCGGCUUGCCUCAUUGGCUGCAUUUUCUCAGCCAGUAGAACCCAAUAUAUUCGCUGCUUCAAAGCCCAUGGAUGGUCAUGAUAAAUCUUUUGCGCCCGAUGCAAGUUUCGGAUUGCUGCAAAACAUUGGACUUUUUGAGUCAGUUCACGUUGCCAAUCCGGUGCUGCCACAAUUCCAUCCUCGCCAACUUCUCGAAUGGCUCAACUUGGGCCAUCUGCGCCGCGUUCAGGCCUGUCUGGUGCACUUGACACACUCUCUUGACACCAUCUCUAUAAAGCACCGCCGUGAUCUCCGACGCGCUGCUAGAGCCGGUCGAAUGAGACAAAGACUUGCUUCCUCAGCCACAUUGACCUUGGGCAAGAGUGGUGAUGCCUCCAAACUAGACAACGAAGAGGAAGCACGGGGAAAAUUUGAUGAUUUUAAUGGUAUAGCAUCAAACGAGUCAGGUGGCGGCAACAACCCAAAAGUGGCUGAUUCUGAGGACACUAACAAGGUGACUAAAUGUCGUCGGUUCAUCUGUAGCUAUUAA